AAACAUGAAUUCUGGAAUCUUACAGGUCUUUCAGAGGGAACUCAUCUGCCCCAUCUGCAUGAACUACUUCAUAGACCCGGUCAUCAUAGACUGUGGGCACAGCUUUUGCAGGCCUUGUUUCUACCUCAACUGGGAAGACAGCCCAUUUCUUGUCCAGUGCUCUGAAUGCACAAAGUCAACAGGGCAGAUAAACCUCAAAACCAACAUUCAUUUGAAGAAGAUGGCUUCUCUUGCCAGAAAAGUCAGUCUCUGGCUAUUCCUGAGCUCUGAGGAGCAAAUGUGUGGCACUCACAGGGAGACAAAGAAGAUGUUCUGUGAAGUGGACAGGAGCCUGCUCUGUUUGCUGUGCUCCAGCUCUCAGGAGCACCAGGAUCACAGACACUGUCCCAUUGAGUCGGCUGCUGAGGAACACCGGGAGAAGCUUUUACAGAAAAUGCAGUCUUUGUGGGAAAAAGCUUGUGAAAAUCACAGAAACCUGAAUGUAGAAACCACCAGAACCAGAUGCUGGAAGGAUUAUAUGAAUUUAAGGCUAGAAGCAAUUAGAGCUGAGUAUGAGAAGAUGGCUGCAUUUCACCAUGAAGAAGAAAAACAUAAUUUGGAGAUGCUGAAAAAGAAGGGGAAAGAUAUUUUUCAUCGACUUCAUUUAAGUAAAGCCAAAAUGGCUCAUAGGAGGGAGAUUUUAAGAGGAAUGUAUGAGGAGCUGAAUGAAAUGUGCCAUAAACCAGAUGUGGAGCUACUUCAGGCUUUUGGAGACAUAUUACACAGGAGUGAGUCCGUGCUGCUGCACAUGCCCCAGCCUCUGAAUCCAGAGCUCAGUGCAGGGCCCAUCACUGGACUGAGGGACAGGCUCAACCAAUUCCGAGUGCAUAUUACUCUGCAUCAUGAAGAAGCCAACAGUGAUAUCUUUCUAUAUGAAAUUUUGAGAAGCAUGUGUAUUGGAUGUGACCAUCAAGAUGUACCCUAUUUCACUGCAACACCUAGAAGUUUUCUUGCAUGGGGUGCUCAGACUUUCACCUCGGGCAAAUAUUACUGGGAGGUCCAUGUAGGGGACUCCUGGAAUUGGGCUUUUGGUGUCUGUAAUAAGUAUUGGAAAGAGAAGAAUCAGAAUGAGAAGAUAGAUGGAGAGGAGGGACUCUUUCUUCUUGGGUGUGUUAAGAAUGACAUUCAACGCAGUCUCUUUACCACCUCCCCACUUAUGCUGCAAUAUAUCCCAAGACCUACCAGCCGAGUAGGAUUAUUCCUGGAUUGUGAGGCUAAGACUGUGAGCUUUGUUGAUGUUAAUCAAAGCUCCCUAAUAUACACCAUCCCUAAUUGCUCUUUCUCACCUCCUCUCAGGCCUAUCUUUUGCUGUAUUCACUUCUGACCAGAGACAAAUCAGAAAUGUGUUCACAUGCUGUGGGAACCCCUUUAUCCCAGGAAGUCCUCUUCCUUGUGCCUUAACAUACAGGACAAAUAGGCUCUAUUUUAUAUCUUGAAUUGCCUUCUAAUGUUAUCAAAACUCAUUUAUUGUGUUACUAUUAAAUAUGCUGAAAACGCU